AUGACAGAGGCUGAUAUCAACCCAAAGACCUAUCCCCUUGUAGAUGCCUACCUCACCAAGAAACUACUAGACCUUGUUCAGCAGUCAGGAAACUACAAACAGCUUUGCAAAGGAGCCAACAAGUCCACCAAAACACUGAACAGGGGCCUCUCUGCGUUCAUCUUGAUGGCAGCAGACAAUGAGCCCUUGGAGAUCAUCCUGCACCUCCCACUUCUGUGUGAAGACAAGAAUGUCCCCUAUGCAUUUGUGCUUUUUACGCAGACCCUGAGCCAAGCCUUUGGGGUCUCCAGACCUACCAAUUCCUGUCCUGUCACCAUCAAAGAAGGCUUUCGGCUCAAGAAGCAGCUCCAGUCCUUUCAGCAGUCUAUUGAAAGGCUCUUGGUCUAA